UUAACAUCACAAAAUACGCGGGAAAAUCUAUUGGCGGAUAAGAAAACAACACAAAGGUCCGGUAACAUCGAGUCGUAAGAUUUGCGACGGAAGAAAUCAAAUGGAGGAAAAAUAGUGCAUAUAACAUGGAAAAUUUCCAGAAAAUCGAGAAAAUUGGCGAAGGAACAUACGGUGUUGUAUAUAAAGCUCGUGAUAAGACAACAGGUCGUCUGGUAGCCCUGAAGAAGAUUCGGCUGGAUGCUGAAUCUGAGGGAGUUCCAAGCACAGCCAUCCGAGAAAUUUCAUUGUUGAAGGAGUUGGAUCAUCAAAGCGUCGUCAGACUCCUAGAUGUGGUUCACAGUGAAAAGAAGCUGUAUCUGGUAUUUGAAUACCUCAACCAGGAUUUAAAGAAGUACAUGGACAGCUGUCCUCCAUCAGGCCUGCCCUCCUCCCUGAUUAAGAGUUACCUCCACCAGCUUCUGAAAGGGAUUUCCUACUGCCAUUCUCAUAGAGUAUUACAUCGUGAUCUGAAGCCACAGAAUCUUCUUAUAGAUGUGGAAGGCAAUAUCAAGCUGGCCGACUUCGGGCUGGCAAGAGCAUUUGGUGUGCCAGUCAGAACUUACACACAUGAGGUAGUGACCUUGUGGUAUAGGGCGCCAGAGAUACUUUUAGGCAGUCGCUUUUACUCCACACCUGUUGAUGUAUGGAGUCUUGGAGGAAUAUUUGCUGAAAUGAUAACCAGACGUCCACUGUUUCCUGGAGACUCAGAGAUUGACCAGUUAUUCCGGAUAUUCCGUACUUUAGGUACUCCGGAUGAGAAUACUUGGCCAGGUGUUUCUCAGAUGCCAGACUACAAGUCCACUUUUCCCAAAUGGCCACAACAGUGUGUGUCAAAUGCUGUACCAAACCUUCUGGGCGACGGACUUGAAUUACUACAGCUGAUGCUGAAAUAUGAGCCAAGCCAGAGGAUUUCUGCAAAGUCUGCUCUUUUACAUCCCUACUUCAGUGGAGUAUGCAAGCAAAGGCCUCCCCAGAUUCUCAAAUAGACGACUUCAUAACGAAAAAGACAUUUUACACUGUAAAAAAUGUAUCUGACAACAUAUUUUGAGCACAAUCAUCUGGAAAAUGAAAUGUGGCCCAGAAAUUGUUCAUCAAUAAUCAAAAUGCAAAGGUUUUUUCUGACACUUGUUAGUUUAUGUGAUGCUUUCUUGUGCAAUAUUGGUGCUACUAUCAAUUUUUAUAGCUAAUUCCAAAUUGUUAGGAAUAUUGGCUGUCAUUGUGUAAAUUUCACAAAAUUCAAGUGUACGUAUAAAAGAACCUUUCAGGUGAAAUCAUAUGAUUUGCACCAAAUUCAUUGUUUUGAUAUUCCUUUAAACAGUUUGGGAAUACAUAAGUAUGUGUAAUUGUUAAGUAUUAUUGAUGUAUCCCAUGUGUUCUUAUUUCAUUACUUGAUACAGUAAUGGAAUCUUUCCAAGGCUGAACAUCAAGCUUCAAAUUUAGCUUUUCCAAAUGGAGAAAAGGGUGAUUUUAGAACGGCAGUUUGUACAUUUUUGGCUCUGGAUUCAGAAAUUCAGAAAUUGGUUUUACAAUUAAUUGUUAUUUAUGUUAAAUGAUAGCUAUGUAAAGUAGAUUGGAGUUCGUGUUUUAAAUGCAGUUGUUUUAUACAUGUAGAAAGAAAAAACACAAUUUUAAACAGUUUUAUAUUGGGAUACAAUGGAUUUAAAAACCUGUCCAGUGUUAUUUGGAUCAUUGACUUCCAUCUACUCGCCAAUUCUUGAUUGUUAAUAUGUAUUCUGUACAUAUAUUAAUUUUGUAAAUUAUUGUUUAUUAUGGGAACAUUUUAUAAAUAAAUUUGUAAUUACCUGUA